GAGUGGGGAGGUGGGCGGAGCCUGCACAGGAAGUCGCGGCGCUGGGCUCACACUGGUUCUGUACUGCGGCUCGGAUCCGUCCCAUUGGCCCCCCAGAGGAGCCCCCGGUGUAGAGGGAGGAGCCCCCCCAGGACGCAGAGCGGAGCCCCGGUGUGCGGUUGUGGCCCCGGGGAGAGGGAGAUGUCAAUAAUGAUGUACCCCCGGGAGGAGAAGCUGGACAAGUUGUCGCAGGAGGAGAUCAUCUCCAACACCAAGCUGGUAAUACAAGGAUUGGAGGCCCUCCGCAAUGAGCACAACUCCAUCCUGCACAGUCUACUGGAAACCAUCAAAUGCCUCAAAAAGGAUGAGGAGGCCAAUCUGGUGCACGAGAAGUCGGGUCUGCUGCGCAAGUCGGUGGAAAUGAUUGAGCUCGGGCUUGGCGAGGCACAGCUGAUGAUGGCGCUGUCCAAUCACCUGACGGCUGUGGAGUCAGAGAAGCAGAAGUUACGGGCACAGGUGAGGCGUCUGUGCCAGGAGAACCAGUGGCUCCGAGACGAGUUGGCCAACACCCAACAGAAGCUUCAGCACAGUGAGCAGAACGUGGCCCAGCUGGAGGAGGAGAAGAAACAUCUGGAGUUCAUGAACCAGCUUAAGAAGUACGACGAGGACGUCUCGCCUACGGAGGAGAAGGAAGGAGAUUCUGCUAAAGACAACUUGGAUGAACUUUUCCCAAAUGAGGAGGAAGAUUCUGGACAAGGAAUUUCUCACCCGCACAGCUCAGCAGCUGCAGCUGCCCAGCAGGGUGGAUAUGAGAUUCCAGCCCGACUUCGCACACUUCACAAUCUUGUAAUCCAGUACGCUUCCCAGGGGCGCUACGAGGUUGCUGUACCUCUCUGCAAGCAAGCGCUGGAAGACCUGGAGAAAACCUCCGGACACGACCAUCCUGACGUGGCCACCAUGUUGAACAUCUUGGCAUUGGUUUACCGGGACCAGAACAAAUACAAAGAGGCUGCCCAUCUACUAAACGACGCUCUGUCAAUCCGAGAGAAGACCCUGGGCAAGGACCACCCCGCAGUGGCAGCAACUCUAAAUAACCUGGCAGUCUUGUAUGGCAAGCGUGGAAAAUAUCGAGAGGCGGAACCUCUGUGCAAGAGAGCGCUGGAAAUCCGAGAGAAGGUCCUCGGGAAGGAUCAUCCAGAUGUGGCGAAACAGCUGAACAAUCUUGCUCUCCUGUGUCAGAACCAGGGAAAGUACGAUGAAGUGGAGUACUACUACUGCCGUGCUUUGGAGAUUUACCAAGCCCGACUCGGUCCUGACGACCCAAAUGUUGCCAAAACAAAGAAUAACCUGGCCUCCUGUUACCUGAAACAAGGGAAGUAUAAGGCGGCUGAACAGUUGUACAAGGACAUCCUGACACAGGCUCACGUAAAAGAGUUUGGCUCAGUGGAUGAUGAUCACAAGCCCAUCUGGAUGCAUGCAGAGGAAAGAGAAGAGAUGAGCAAGGCCCCUCACAAUGACAGUACACCGUAUUCUGAAUAUGGGGGUUGGUACAAAGCUUGCAGAGUAAACAGCCCGACAGUAAACACCACCCUUCGAAACCUCGGAGCGUUAUACCGGCGCCAGGGCAAGCUGGAAGCAGCAGAGACUCUGGAAGAGUGCGCAAUGCGGUCCCGCCGACAGGGACUAGAUCCUGUCAAUCAAACUAAAGUUGCCCAACUUCUAAAAGAUGGCGAGACCCCCGAACAACGAAGAAAAGGGCGCGAAUCGGGCCGGAGUAGUGUGAAGUACGAGAGUGGCACAGAGGGGGCAGAAGAAGUGAGUAUGGGAGACGUGCAGUGGAGCGGGGACGGCAGUGGGGCCCUGAGGAGGUCAGGGUCUCUGGGGAAGAUCCGCGAUGUCCUUCGCAGGAGCAGCGAAAUGUUGGUGAAGAAACUACAGGGAACAACACCGCCUGAACCGCGCAAUUCAAACAUGAAGCGAGCGGCAUCUCUGAACUAUCUCAACAAAUCAUGCGAUGAGUCUUUCCAGGGCUCUCCAAAACUUCUGUCGGAGUCGCGAGGUUUGAGCGCCAGUAACAUUGAUCUUUCAUUGCAACGUUCCUGAUCCCGCUCAGUGCCCAGCUGCCCAACAUUCACCUCAUCCCAAUUCUUGCACUUAAUGGUACCGCUGAUCCCACCAGCUAUAUAAUAGUGAUAUAGAAUCUAAAUCCAUCUCCUUCUAGAGUCACACUCCACUCUAUUCUAGAAUGAACUAUCUUCAAUUGUUUUCUGGACACACAUUGAACGGUGUACCCCACCCCUGGAAUAUGUUCCCGACAUAAGAAAAUGUGGACUGUGUCUCCCUACCAUUUAUGUUGUCAUCCCAAUGGCGAAAUCUCAUUAGAUGUUUCUAACACUACAGACUCCAGUCACAUUGCCUGCAAUCUUUACUAUCAGGAAAGGCUGGAACCACAUACUGGCAAUGGAAAUCCUGCAGGACUGAAUUCUACAUGAACUCUACUAGAUGUAACUUUCAAUACUGGACUGUUUUAGUUCUCUUAACUGCCACACCGGUUUUUAGUAUCUUAAUUCUCUGCACGGAAAACACGUGAUAAAACUGACCUUUGACCUUAGGCUGGCCCCCAACCCAUCGCAGGGUUGACAGGCGGUAAAAUGUGACAGCUGCCUGCAAAUGUCUUCCUAUGGUAGCCAUCACUAAUAGAUUGGGAUCCCAAAUUUUUGUUGUGGCUUCCCAUUGGGGAAUGUACUGGAUGCUGCACUGUAAAGCCCAGCUGGGCAUUCCUCGGGUCACAUGACCUAUGUUAGGCUAGAAUCUCCUAAAGGAACCCAAGCCUUCUAAUAAGACAUCUUUUACUGUCAUAAACUAGAAGCAUCCAGCAAAAUAUUUUUAAAUGUCUGAUUUAUUUUUGGAUCGUUAUUUAUAAAUUAAACAUUAGGUGGCCAGCUCUGACCCUUUCUACCACCAAGGCCCUAAAGUGUAACUGCUAAAUGACUCAAAGCAAGCUUAAAAUUAGCCCUUCGUCCCCUAAAUUUAAUCCCAAAAAACACAUCUAUCACCUUUAGCCUUAACCCUUGUUUCAAACAGCUAACACGAACUAACCCUUCAAACUGUACUUUGCCUGAGCUCGAUGUAUUGGGCCUCCCUGUGCAUCUGGCAGUGCCAAGGUGGUGCUGAAAACUGGCAGACACUACAGCUUUGGAACAUUGUUCUGGAAUACGACAGGAUUCUAGAGUGACACUACAAAAAGUGUUCUAGAGUAGUACUGGGAGAGUAAUGACACUACUUGUUCUUACCAAGAAGCUUUGGUGUAUAGUAACACUACAGGCCUGGGCCACAUCCUAGAGUACUGCUACAGGUCCAAACACAAAAACCGAGUUAGGGCUACAGACUAGGUCCAUGUCUAGAGUACAAACCCCGUGCUAGAGUAUGCCUACAGGUUGGGCCAUUCAUGGAGUAUGACUACAGGUCCAAACUCCAUCCUAGAGUAUGACUUUAGGCUGGGGUCAUACCAAGACUAUGGCUACAGGCCCAAACCCCAUCCUAGAGAAUUCCUACAGGUUGGGCCAUCUCUUGUUUAUGACUACAGAUCCAAACUGCAUCCUAGAGUAUGACUUUAGGCUGGGGUCAUAC